UUUGGUAACACUGAUUCAUUCCUUUCUUUUGUCGUGUUCUUGCAGCGUGGUUAUAGAAUCGCUAAUCAUGCAAAUCUUUGUGAAAACUCUUACGGGGAAGACUAUCACCCUUGAAGUUGAGGCAUCGGACACGAUCGAAAAUGUUAAAACAAAAAUUCAAGAUAAGGAAGGAAUUCCGCCAGAUCAGCAGAGAUUGAUCUUUGCCGGUAAGCAAUUGGAAGACGGCAGAACUUUGUCGGACUAUAACAUCCAGAAGGAAUCUACUUUACACUUAGUGCUGCGCUUGCGAGGCGGUGCCAAGAAACGAAAGAAGAAGAACUAUUCUACCCCUAAGAAAAUCAAGCACAAGAAGAAGAAGGUUAAGCUAGCUGUGCUGAAGUAUUAUAAGGUAAAUAUUUGUUGGUUUUAG